AUGAUUUCCUUUUUCAAGCAGGCCUACAACCUGAAUGAGUUCCAGUUAAUGAUAAACAUCAUGUGGACAUUUACGAACAAUGUGAGCCUUUGGUUUGCCGCCUGGCUCAGUGUUUUGUACUUUGUAAAGAUCACCAUCUUCUCCCACCCCUUUUUCCUCCAAAUGAAGCAAAGAUUCUCUAGACUGCUCCCAUGGCUGCUUUUGGGCUCAGUGGUCUUCUCUGCCAUGCACAUAGAACAAGUGCGAUGCAAUGGAACUGGCAUUGAGGAUCUCAGCACCCAAGCUCACUUGAGUGCCAUCAAAGUUCUGGCUUUCUUCGCUGUUCUGUACCUCUCCAGUUUUGUUGCAGUCGCUUUGAGAUCCGAACUGGCCUGGAAAAGGUAUGAGCAUAAUUGGAUAUCUAUACUUUUAGAAACUGUGGGUGGAAUUUAUCCCUCUGGACAUGCCAUUAUCCUGAUAAUAAACAAUCCCAAACUGAAACAGGCAUGGAUGCAGAUGCUACAUCACUUAAAAUGCAGUCUGAGUGAAGCAUCAUCUUAA